AUGAAAGACAACAUGGACACCCUAGAGAUUAAACUGAACUCCAAGAUCAUUGCCCCAAGUGUUUCCCCCGUUUCUUACACGGAUCAUGGCUUCUGCACCUUCCUACCAUUGUCACCCAAGGAUGCUCUUGAAGAAAAAUACAUUCUAAAGUCCAUUGCAUGGCCUGAAACUCCACCUUUACCAUCUCCUUUUUCCCAGAACAAAACCAGUGAUCCAGCCCACAGCAUCUUUACCAUUGUCUCAGGGAGAGGAGGAGGACAGUGGCAUGUUGGGGAUAAACUGGAGAUUAUGGUCAAAAUGUAUGAUUCCCAGAGAAAUCCAAAGAAGUGUGGUGGAGAUGUCUUACUUGCCCGGCUGCACAACCCAGUUCUUGGUGCAGGUGUGGCAGGGCAAGUGAAGGAUCAUCUCAAUGGCUCCUACUCUGCUGUAUUCUCUUUACUCUGGGAAGGAAGUGCGCAGGUUGAGGUGACACUGGUUCACCCCAGUGAAGCAGUCACAGUGCUACGCAGGCUGACCAGAGAACAGCCCGACAGGAUUUACUUCAAAAGCCAAUUCCGCUCCGGCUCAGCCACUGAAAUUACCACCUGUAAUGUAUGUUUGAGACCGACCCAGCAGCCUAUGUGUAACUACACCGACCUUCAUACAGGUGAUCUGUGGUUUUGUUACAAGCCAAAGAAGCUGAGUUGUGAUGCAAGGAUCAGCCACUCCAAGGGAGGAUUUAAUCAAAACAUCUCGGCCAUGGAGAGAAAGCUCUUUCAAAGUGGUGUCAACAUGAAGGUCUCCAUUCUGGCUUCAGGACCUGCCAACAUUACUGUGUUGCCAAAAAACAAAGGUCAGUCACAGUCGAGUAGCAGCAGCGUGGAGUCUGGGCCCUCUGGUUAUUACUACCAGGGUGUGUGGCGAGCACUAGGUGGCACUACAGUUUCUCAGUUCAACACUUCCUCAGCCAUCACUCAGUGCCUCAAAGGCAAGGUGGUUCACCUGUAUGGAGACUCCACCAUCAGACAGUGGUUUGAAUACCUUAACACAGCACUACCAGAUCUUAAGGAAUUCAUCCUGCAAAAUUCGAAGCAAGUUGGACCGUUUAUGACCCUGGACUAUGCAAACAACAUCUUGGUGACAUACCGCUGCCAUGGCCCUCCUAUUCGAUUUAGUAAUGUCCCAACCAGUGAACUGCGCUAUAUUGCCAACGAGUUAGACAACGUGGUUGGAGGCAGGAACACCAUUGUAGUUCUUGGCAUCUGGUCACACCUCAGUACUUUCCCUGUUGAGGUCUACAUCCGGCGGCUACAGGGAAUCCGCAGGGCAGUGGUGAGGUUGCUGUCCAGGGCUCCAAGCACACUGGUUGUCAUUCGAACUGCAAACCCGAAAGCUCUGACUCUCUAUGAGACACUUACUAACAGCGACUGGUACUCGCUGCAGCGGGACAAGGUGCUCAGGGCCAUGUUUAAAGGAUUGAAUGUCCAUCUGGUGGAUGCCUGGGAGAUGGUCGUGGCCCACAACCUGCCACACAGCCUCCACCCACAACCUCCCAUUAUCAAAAAUAUGAUUAAUGUUCUUUUGUCCUACAUAUGCCCUAAAAAGGGAGCUUAG